AAACACAAGCAUUUCGUCGCUCCGACGCCACCGCAUCGGGAUGUCUUCGUGCUGUGGGCGGUGGUGGAGUCAGGUCGAGGGCCCCGGCCUGACUUCGGGGGGAGUUACGGCUGAGUUGCUUGGGGCAACUGCAAUCAGUCUUCCUGCGACCUUCUAAGACCGGAAAGGCAGGGCGGACGUAUGUUAUCUACGACGCACCAAAGGCCAGGUUGUACCCCCCGCCCUCCCUUUAAUGGGCAGCAGUAUUGAAUGGCGUCCCAGCUUCUUGGCCGUAGUUGUCUGCUAGAAUAUAUCUGCGCAGCUGCGUUUGAGAAGCAUUUGUUGCCUUGCGUGAUUUGAGCCCUUUCCCGUGAGAUGACCACCAAGUGACGAGAACCGUCAGUAAGGAUUGAUCGCUAAGACGUUUCUUGCCUUGGGGCGUUUGCCCAAAAUAGGAUUGUGAAGACGGAUAUGGUAAACGGAGGCCUUGUUCAGGUUGCGGGAAGUGGCAGUUCAUGUCCUACCUUCUUUUUGCGAUUUCCGCCCAUUCCUGCGAGAUUGGACAUUGACAAAACACAUCCACGGGAGCACUCACCAACACCUGAUAACAUACGUAGGCCCGAAAUUUAGAUUUGAAACCCCGCUGACAGUGGUCUCGUGUCAGCGCGGGAAGUGAUGUGCCACGGUCGAUCAACAUUUCAGCACACAUAGUUUCAACUCGCACGAUGAAGGUUACGUCGCUUUCUGCCUUCGUCACCGCACAUGUCUUCAUCGCAGGCCUUGUAUCUGGGUUAUCCUGAACCAGUGGAGGCACCCGUUACCAGUGAAGAUGUCACGAUAUAUCGUCAUGUUCCUGGGAACAACCCGACGUUAAGUGGUUUGCCUUUGUCCAUCCUUUCAAAGGUCAUAUCUUCCCUCGGACCCCUGGCUAACUUCUUCUGGCAUAACGCUGGAUUUGGUGCUCUACGUCACAUAGAGGUUGCGCAAUCGUAUCAGACACGAUAUCAACCUCUAGUUAUUCCGCGUUCACCUGAACCAUCUAGCAGCGAUGAAGCAUCACUCUUCUCUGGAACUCAGGACCGGGCUUUCCAUACAUCCGCAGAUUACGUUGCUGCGUAUAACUCAGGCCGUACUACGCCUACAGAUGUAGCAUUGUACCUUCUUAACCUCAUCAAGAACCCUCCUCAUAGCCUCGCGUUUGCUGAAAUUAGGGAGGAUCUGACUCUAGAAGCUGCCAAAGAGUCAACCAUUAGGUACGCCAAUGGGAUGCCGAAAGGUCCUCUUGAUGGUGUUCCAUUCAUCGUGAAGGACGAAGCAGAUGUGCAUGGUUAUAAAACUACCUAUGGUUCUGCUAAGGUCCAUAGGAAUGGAGACGGUGAGACUACAUGGGCAGUCAAGAGGCUCCAGCAAUCUGGUGCCAUUUUGAUUGGCAAGGCCAACAUGCACGAGCUCGGCUCAGACACUACAAACAAUAACCCUGUCAAGGGGACGCCAAGGAAUCCGUACGACAGGAACUUCUACACAGGCGGAUCAUCAGGAGGUUCUGCUUAUGCAGUUGGGUCAGGGCUGGUGCCAUUCGCUGUUGGCGCAGACGGAGGAGGCUCUAUUCGAAUUCCAGCAAGUUAUUGUGGCGUGUAUGGAAUCAAGCCGUCGCAUGGACGCAUCUCAGCUCGUCCAAGCGUCAGUUUAUCUCCAGGGAAUGGAGUCAUUGGUCCCAUUGCUGCUACCCUUCAAGAUCUCGCCCUGGUAUACCGGGUGAUGUCCGAACCCGAUCCGGAUGAGCCAUCCUCAGCUGCCUUCCCUCUUCCCCGGGCUCCCUUGGUAUCUAUAUCCACUCCACAGAGGAAACUUUUGGGUGUUUGGAAACCAUGGUUUAACGAUGCGCCUGAUAGCAUCACGUCACUCUGCAAUGCUGCGAUAAAUCGUCUCGUUGCCAAAGCAGGUUACGAGCUCAUAGAGCUCCCGACCAUUCCAUAUCUAAACGAAUGUCGACUCGCUCAUGCGCUUUCCAUCAUGGCUGAGAUCGGCAUCUUCGUCAAUGGAGAUAUAUCCUCUUAUAAUGCUGCCAACAAGAUCUUCCUUUCUGUCGCAGCUCAAACUCCUGCUUUAGAAUUCGCGAUUGCCAACAAGAUGCGAAACAUGCUCAUGUCACACUUCGCUGCCUUGUGGCAGAAAUACCCUGGUAUGAUCGUUGUCACACCUACCUCGCCCCUUCCCGGUAUCGAGAUUCAGAAACCCCACUUAUCCAUUGGCGUGAGUGACACAAAUACCAGUUUGAAGAGCAUGCGAUAUGUGUUCUUGGCCAAUUUCGUUGGUGCGCCGAGUUUGAGUGCAGGGGUUGGUUAUGCAGAGGAGAGUGGGAUACCUAUUGGGUUGAUGGGACUUGCAGAGUGGGGUAAAGAAGAAGAUUUGUUCGGGUGGGGCAAGGACGUGGCUGAGGGAUCGACAGUUAGAAAGAGGGGUGAAAUCUGGGUAGAUGUUUUGGGUGGCGUCGGUGGUUCGAAAUAGCUUUUCUCUUCGCACUGCAUCUUUCUUGGGACACUGAGCUUUGCCAUGUAUCGUAGUGCACAUUAUAUACUGUAUAUACAGUACUAUCAAAACGUAUAGGGUACCGAACUCUA